AUGAGCCAGCAAGACCAGGUCACCCCGCCAGGUCGGCCAAUCGGCCUGCAAUAUUCCUUUGGAACCAGUGGUGCUGGUCAUUCGUUCACAUGGAGCCCUCCAACAUUGUCUGGAUCUCAGAAACAACUGGACCAUGAAGCAUUGCCCCAUAGAAAGCGUCGAAGACUCAAUGAGGUCCAGGUCAACGUUGAAGCGCAUGGAGUCGCCAAAAUCCGUCUAGGCGAGGACAUGACAUUCGACUUCACAUCAAACCACAGAGAGGCAAAGAAGCAGCUUUCGGAUGUCGAAGCUGAGCGAGAUCACCUUCUACAGCGGCUUGAUGAGACUAGAAAGGACCACGAGAAGACUCUUUCGAAAGUCAAAUAUGAGAGAGACGAGUCCAUACGUGGUCAUCGUGAAGCCACGAGGACUUACGACAGGAUUACUUCUGCCCUGAGAGUUGAGGUAGAUGGGCUUCAGCAAGAGUUAAGAGAGGCCAACGAAGAUCUUGAAAAGGCCAAACAGGGACUGGAGAAUGCGGAGGUAGAACUCGAACGAUCGUCCAACGCUUCCUUCGACUUGAGUACCGAAUCGUCUCCUUUGAUAAGGACUAUUAGAUAUCUACGGGACGACCACAAGGAGCAGCUCAGCACUCUCAAAAAGGACCUUGAGGACUCUGAAGACAAUGUUCAGGCUGUCUCGGACUCAUUGAAGAUGCGCGAGAGGGAACUUAUUGCUUGUCGCGACCUUAAUGCUCAGAUUAUCAAAGGACUUCGAGAAACCAACACAAAAUACAUCAGCGAGAAUGGUAGUCUGCGGGCCAAGGUAUCAGAGCUCCAGGAUGCCUUGAAGAAGCAGGGACAACCCACAGUCAUCGAACUAUAGCGAUAUCAACUCGAACUUGGAAUCGAACAGAGCGAUAUGAAGGCCCCAGAGGGUUUGGGCUUCUUAGACAAAAUGUAUUUAUACUUCUGGGGGCUCGUGAUUUACAGAUGAAUGGUCU